AUGGUGCUGCAAUACUGCACAGGAGGCACACUGGACAGCUUCAUCACAAGCAACAAAGCUGACCGAGCAGCCAUUCUGCAGUUACUGUGUGACACGGCAGAGGGCGUUGCUUACCUGCACGGCAGGAACGUCAUCCACGGAGCGCUCAAGCCUGACAACAUCUUGGUGGACAACUCCGGGCAGAGACCGGUUGUUAAGAUCGCUGAUUUCGGGCUUGUCCGUGCGUGUGAGCAGGGCGGCUGGGAUAUAAACACCUACCACAGGCAGGACGCUAACGGCACCCGGAUGUACCUGGCACCGGAGAUCAUAAGUCCGCUCAUGGCACAGCGACCCGAUCUCGUGAGGUACACCGCGGAGGCUGACGUCUUCGCCAUGGGUUUGAUUUUCACCGCGAUCUUGCAACUGGAUGAUCCCAUCAUCCCGGCGAAAGAUCCCGCCGCCCAAGGGACAAAUCCAGCCCUCCCGGGGGAAGAUCCAGCAGCCCAACUGCAAGCGACAGAUCCCGCAGAUCCAGUGACAGAUCCAGCCGCCCCAGCGAAAGAUCCAGCCAAAGAUCCCACCAAUACAGCGACAGAUCCAGCCGAUCCGGCGACAGAUCCAACCGCCAAAGCAACAGAUCCAGCCGCCCAGGCCAAAGAUCCAGCGGUUCCAUCCACUGAUCCCAGGGUUCCAGCGACAGAUUCCGCAGAUCCAGCCGUCCCAGGAAAACUCGUGCCUGCCCUUUACAUAAAUGAGAAACCCACGGCCAUAGCCGAGGUCAUGAUCGCAUAUCCGGGGCGCCCGGUGGCAGACUUGCUGAUGCCGAGUGAACCGCAAGAGCCCUGGUCCUGGCCAUGCUGGCGGUUUAUCCUCCUCAGAGACCGACAUCAGAACAGGUUCUCGGCUGCCUUAAAGAGAUCAUCAACUCUCCUCCUGGUGCCGUCGUCAAAACUCCAUCGUUGGCCCCACGGCCUCCUCACAUCGUGGUCGAUGUACCGGACGAGAGUUCUGAGACCUGCUGUGGUGCUUGCUGGAGAUGCGAUCCUGAGCACGACUGGUACAGCUGUGCGGGGAAAGGCUGUGGAUGGGUGAUCCUCCUGAUCAUCAUGUACGUCAUCGGAGUGCUGCUCCUAAUCGCUAUGGUCCUGUGCAUCAUUCUCUUCGCCAUAUACACCGGGAACAAGAUUCCCGAAAGCACUGGUGGCGGCGAAACUCGGAGGGUAUCUCAGGUCACCCAUGUUCAGGUACAGCAGUCAAAUGCACAGUUAAAUCAGCUGGCAGUCUCCUCCAAUUCACU